CCAAGCAAGUCAGUGGUGUUGGUGCCGUGGACCCAAGUACACUGUAUUAGUGCCUCUCUCCUCUCUCACUCAUUACCCGUGAUACUAUACUAUCUUCUCAUUCGUGUGCUCUAGUUAUUGUUCUUCCUUCUCGAGCACCCGAUAAGUUCAGCUUCGUUAUUCGUACCGGCUAAACAUUGAUUUGAUAGGAAAGAAGAAAGUGUGAAUCUUAGUGUUUACUUGAGAAUUAUUUCCGUGUGUGAUUCAGCGUGGUGACCGCAUCAGAACCUGUUGGUUUACACCUUGACUUUCUCACCACACAGAGGCUGGGGGAGCUGAGUUGGUGAGCAGGAGGCUGGAAGCAGUCAUGUGUAAGUGUUGAUGGCGGUGCAACCCUGGUGUCGGGUCUGGCUGUGGCGUUUAAACAGGCUCUCGCCUAGCUGCAUGCUGCAGCCGCCACCCUCUGCUCUAGGUCAUACUACUCACCCUCAGUACUGACCCAUAAGUCACACCUGCCAGCAGUGACCCUCAGGUCACAACGUAAAGUAGUGGGUAUCAAGCCACGUUCUCCAGUAGUGACCCUAGGAUCACAUCCUAGUGACCCUUUAGGUCACACCCUCCAAUAGUGAUCCUCAGGUCAUAACAUUUAGUAGUGACCCUCAGGCCACACCCUGCAGUAGUGACAGAAAUCAAACUAUGCAGCCUCAGUAGUAGCUCUACGACACCUUCAAACCAACCUACCUGUGCGUCCUUAUUGCUGUGAUCCUGGUGUCAGUGGCGGCCCGUAGCUGGUCUCACCCGUGUUGCCAGGCUGCUGCUACCUCGUCUCGCUGCCCUGUAGUGAUAGCCACCCCACUAAGAGUAACUUUACCGUGUAGUGGCCAACAAGACCUAGUUUGACCCCCUGCCUCUGCUGCUGCUUCAACGCUCCCUACUGUGGCACCCACUGCUAGCUUCCAUCAUGGGUCGGGCCUCUCAGAGAUCAACCCUCAAUACACAGACUGAUAGACGGAUCAUGGCCAACAACCCGGAGUUCAACGCACAGUUCAACUAUGCUAAAAACUUCAUCAAGACGUCGAAGUAUACGUUAAUAAACUUCAUCCCAUACAACUUGUUUGAGCAGUUCCAGCGUCUGGCCAACUUCUACUUCCUGUGUCUGCUGGUGCUGCAGCUUAUACCAGUCAUCUCGUCUCUCUCACCCAUCACCACAGCUGUCCCUCUCAUAGGGGUACUCACCGUCACCGCCGCUAAAGAUGCCUACGACGACUUUCAACGCCACCGCAGCGAUAGACAAGUUAAUCGAAGAAAAUCAAAUGUGUUAAGAAACGGUCAGCUGGUAGAAGAAUACUGGAGUAAGGUGGUGGUUGGCGAUGUGAUCCGUAUGGAGAAUGACCAGUUUGUAGCUGCUGACGUACUGCUGCUUUCUACGUCAGAACCAAAUGGCCUCUGUUAUAUUGAAACUUCAGAGCUUGAUGGUGAAACCAAUCUUAAAUGCAAGCAGUGCCUACCCGAGACUGAAGACCUUGGUCAGGAUACUAGUCUCAUCGGAGCAUUCCAGGGAGAGAUUCACUGUGAACCUCCCAACAACCAGCUCAACAAGUUUGAUGGAACUCUACACUGGGAGGGCAAUAUACAUUCACUGGACAAUGACAAGAUUCUACUAAGGGGUUGUAUACUGCGCAACACAAACUGGUGCUACGGUGUUGUUAUAUUUGCUGGCAAAGACACUAAACUUAUGAUGAAUUCUGGCAAAACAAAGUUUAAACGCACAAGUAUUGAUAGAUUGUUAAAUUUCAUUAUUUUAGGGAUUGUAUUUUUUCUACUCUCCAUGUGCCUAUUUUGCACAGUAGCUUGUGGUAUUUGGGAAAUGCUUACAGGCCAGUACUUCAGAGUGUACUUGCCUUGGGACUCACUGAUACCACCAGAUCCUGCAGGUGGUGCUACUGUGAUAGCCCUUCUGGUCUUCUUCUCUUAUACUAUUGUCCUUAACACCGUGGUGCCUAUUUCACUAUAUGUUAGUGUGGAAGUGAUUCGGUUGUGUCAGAGUUUCCUCAUCAACUGGGAUGAUAACAUGUAUUAUGUCAAGAGUGGUACACAUGCCAAAGCUCGUACAACCACUCUCAAUGAAGAGCUUGGUCAGAUAGAAUAUAUAUUCUCUGAUAAAACUGGAACCCUCACACAGAACAUCAUGGCGUUCAACAAGUGUUCCAUAGCAGGUCGAAGUUAUGGGGAUGUUAUUGAUCCCAGGACUGGGGACCUCCUGGAAAUCAAUGAGUCAGGGACAUGGGUGAGAAAGAAAGCAAAGACGCGAACACCGCAGCAAGGAGUGGACUUGCUGCUGUGCCCUGAUGCUGCUGCUGAUGAAACUCGGGUCACUCUGCUGGGUGCUGACGCUAGUAUAGAAGCUGACGCUAGUUCAGGAGCUGACACAUGGCUGGAGCUUCAGACACUGAAACACAGUAAUGAUGCAGGGCUUAAUGACAGUGCUAAUGACAUAAACUUGGAGCAUUGUUACUCUGAUAAUGUACUGAAUCUGUCGGCUUCUACGCAUGAACCCAACAAUCCACCACCAUUGUCGAGGCCAGUAGAUUUAUCUCGUAACCCUUAUCACGAGUCAAACUUCAAAUUCUACGACAAUAAGUUAAUGGAUGCACUUGAUGCGGGUGACCGCAACUGUGAGAGCUUCUUUCGUCUCCUCGCUCUCUGCCACACUGUCAUGCCAGAAGAGAAAAAGGGGAAACUGGAGUAUCAAGCACAGUCCCCAGAUGAAGGUGCCUUAGUCUCCGCAGCAAGAAAUUUUGGUUUCGUCUUCAAGUCUCGUACACCAAAUAGUAUUACUAUUCUUGCUAAGGAUGCACAAGAAGUAUAUGAAUUGCUAUGCAUUCUCGAUUUCAAUAAUGUCCGGAAACGCAUGUCUGUAAUACUUAAAAAAGAUGGAAAGAUCCGUCUAUACUGCAAAGGUGCAGAUUCAAUUAUCUAUGAGCGAUUAAAGGAUGGACAAGAUGUUAUAAAACGGCUUACUCAGGAACACCUAGAUGGUUUUGCUGGAGACGGCUUGCGGACAUUGUGUCUUGCUUACAAGGACUUAGAAGAAGAUUACUUCCAGAACUGGAAGACUCGACACCAUGAAGCUGCAAUAUCAUUAGAUUCAAGAGAAGAUAAACUUGCUGCGAUCUAUGAAGAAAUAGAAAAUGAUCUAAUACUUUUAGGGGCAACUGCAAUUGAGGAUAAACUUCAAGAUGGUGUGCCUCAGACUAUAGCAAAUUUAGCCCUAGCUGGCAUUAAAAUCUGGGUUCUCACUGGGGAUAAACAAGAAACUGCAAUCAAUAUUGGAUAUUCAUGUCAGUUGUUGACUGAUGAAAUGGUUAACAUAUUCAUCAUCGAUACUCAAAGUGCCUCAGAAGUUGAAGAUCAGCUGCAGAAAUUUCGUGAAGAAAUUAGAAAUGUGUCGGCCACCAAGCGUCCAAAAACAAACGUUUCUGUUGUAACCUUCAGUGAAGAUGAAGAUGACGUAGGAGGGACUAAUGCAACUGAUUCUGGGGAAGCUAAUGGAGAUUUUGCACUAGUCAUCAAUGGUCAUUCACUGGUGUUUGCUCUCAAUGCUAAAUAUGAGAGACUCUUCCUAGAAGUUGCAAGUCAUUGUAAAGCAGUGAUUUGCUGUCGUGUUACACCACUGCAGAAAGCUAUGGUUGUGGACUUGGUGAAACGCUUUAAGAAGGCUGUAACGUUAGCUGUUGGCGAUGGUGCUAAUGACGUUUCCAUGAUCAAAAACACUGUUUGACCCCAUGUUUAUAUCGGUAUAUAACCUAUUCUACACAUCGAUGCCCGUCCUGGCUUUGGGUAUCUUUGAACAAGAUGUUAAUGCAAAGAACAGUAUCAUAUAUCCAAAGCUCUACACUCCUGGUCUCAAGAAU